CUUCACGCAUGCGCCGUCACGUUGGUGGUAUUAGUGUCCUGAUGCUCGUCACCAGCUAGCAGGCAGUUGUGUCCCUUUCCUGACGCAGCGUCAAAUAUAUGAGCAGGGCGGUUAAAGGAGAAGGCCACCAUGGUGCUGAACCCUGUCAUUUCCAAGCUCGCCGGCAAACUGGUUGUGCUGGCGAGUGCUUCUCCGAGGAGACUGGAGAUUCUCAGCAAUGUGGGCUUGCGGUUUGAGGUGGUACCAUCAUGGUUCAAAGAAACUCUCGACAAGGGACUUUUCAAAGCGCCCCAUGAGUAUGCUGUAGAGACGGCCAAGCAGAAGGCCCUGGAGGUGGCCAGGAGGAUGCCCGUUAAACACCUGAAAACUCCAGACAUCGUAAUCGGAGCGGACACUAUUGUGACUGUUGAUGGCAUGAUUCUGGAGAAGCCGGCGGACAAAGCGGACGCGUACAGGAUGCUGUCACGCCUGAGCGGUAAAGAGCACAGUGUCUUCACCGGUGUGGCUAUUGUCUUCUGCCACGAGAAAGAAAGUACGUCCCCGCUUGAUAACCGUUCGACUUUGAUGAAUCGCACUCGUGAAAACCGUUUAGACGAAGAAGUGGAUUAUCAGGUGGUUGAAUUCUAUGAAGAAACAAAGGUGAAGUUUGCUGAUCUCUCUGAUGAUAUGCUGUGGGAGUAUAUCAAUAGCGGUGAACCCAUGGACAAGGCUGGAGGCUACGGUAUCCAGGCUCUCGGUGGGAUGUUGGUAGAAUACGUCCAUGGCGACUUCCUCAACGUUGUGGGUUUCCCCCUCAACCACUUCUGCAAACAGCUGGACCUCAUUUACAACCAGAGCGCUUCCUCCUCGGACCGAGAGAGAGAGUCCGCCCGGCGGAGCCACAACGGCUCUCCCGCUAACUCGGCGCUCAUUCUGCCCCCGCCCAAACUGCCAGCUCACUCCAGCCACAGUCUCAGCUCUCCCGACAAACACAGCCCCACAUCCGCCUCCAGACCAAACUCUUCAGCCGGUCCCCUCCGAGAGGUGGAAAGUAAAGGCAGUAAUAAUGAGGCUAAGCUUGGAGACUCUGAGAAUGCACCAUUACCGCCGAUGACCAGCAGAAGGCAGGUGAUUGAGCUCACAGUGACGGAGCGGGACCCCAUUGAGCCGAAGAAAGAAGACAUGCAGCGAAUUAUUGAUCUGAUGGAUGGAUUCAAAGCCUCAAAGGCACUGUUUACAGCAUCCAAGAUGUGCGUGUUUGAUCUCCUCCAAAGCCGGCCAGGGCUGGAGGCAGCGCAGGUGGCCCGGGAGGUCAAAGCCUCCGUGAAGGGCACUGAAUGCCUGCUCGAAGCCUGUGUGUCUCUGGGACUGCUGAGGAGCAAAGAGGGAAGGUGCAGGAAGCCGGUGUUCGAGAACACAGACCUGUCCUCUCACUUUCUGCUGACGCACGCUCCCCGCUCGCUGCGCGGCUACAUCGAGCGUUGUGAUGACACCGUGUGGCCUCUCUUCUCCCACCUCGACAGCGCUGUGCGGGAGGGGGCCAACCAGCGCGAGAAGGCUUUCGGCAAGACGUCCAAGGAUGUGUUUCAGGAUACAGUCAACAAUCAAGAAGACACACUGAGAUUCAUGAAUGCCAUGCACAGCAUUGCUCAAGUUACAGGACAAGCUGUAGCAACAGCCUUUGAUCUCUCCAGGUUUAAAACUGCCUGCGACCUUGGAGGAUGCACCGGUGCCAUGGCCUAUGAGUUUACCAAAGCCCAUCCCGGGUUUUCUGUGACAGUGUUUGACUUGCCAGCAGUGGUUGAGAUGAGUGAACGUUUCCAUCCUCUGCACCCAGACAACAGGGUGUCAUUCGUAGCAGGAGACUUCUUCAAGGAUGAGCUGCCCAAAGCGGACUUGUACGUCCUUGCGAGGAUUCUCCAUGACUGGCCUGAUGAGAAAGUGCAUAUUCUGCUGAGUAAAAUCGCAGAAGCGUGCACAACAGGCUGCGGACUCCUGCUGAGCGAGAUCUUCCUGGAUGAAGACCGAGGCGGCCCGAGCCGCGGCCUGCUGCAGGCCCUCAGCAUGAGCGAGGGGCGGCAGAGGAGCGCGACGGAGUACGGUCUGCUUCUGAAGAGCCACGGGUUCGUAGCGGCACGCGUCGUGCACACCGACAGCCUCCUGGAUGCUAUGCUCUGCAUCAAAGCGUGACCGACAGGCGGUCUAGCGGAAUACUGGACACCUUUUGUUUGCCCAAAAUCAUGGACUAAGGUCAGGAAUGUUUCCGGUGGGGGAGUGUGAGUCUGUAAAGCGGUCACUGUGAGGUUUGAGGCGUCGGGACACAAAACAGACCGAGUACGUUGUUUGUGUACCAGGCACUCUGUCAUUUUCCUGUGCACUCAGCUCUUGGACAAUGUCUUCUGUCGGGCUCAUAGCUGGGACCCCGUUGGACUGACACCCCCCCCCCCCCCCCCC